UGAGCAGCAAACCUCAUUAUUAGUGGAAGGCCUCUCAUUACCUCUCACGCCAUAUUAGGUGAUGAUUGCUGAUUACCUUGUGGGGUGCCACACCAUGCGAAAAGGAAAGGACGAUAUCUGAAGACAAGUGCCAAAUGCACAUUAAUGACCAGAAGCUUGGGGUCACUUAGGAAUUUUCAUGCUUUUGGAAGAAAACUCGAGCAAUUAUUGAUGAAAGCAAUAAUUGGAUGCAAUUAUUAUUUCCAAUGGAAGGAUGCAAUUAUUAUUUCCGUUGAAUCAAUCAGUUCAGUUUCAAACCAAUGUCUCCUAUUCGUUAUAUUUCUGACUAUUUUGGUGAAAAACAAGGACAUGUACCUCAGACUUUUGGACAGUAAACAGCAGGUGGCUACUGAAAUGGUCUUGAUUGAGUGCUAUCUAUACAGGACUUUCAUAAUUCCUUCUUUUUCAGUUACGAAACACAAUCAGAUUUCCAGGAGGCCUCAACCAGAGGAGCCCAUAGACGUUGCCGUCACUACACCAGAAGGGCAAGCUAGCUACCAAAAUAUUGAAGAAUUUGGUACUUGUGAGCCCACCUAUGUAGAUCCCAUUCCAACUAAUUUAUACGGAAAUGACCCUGAGGAAGAUCAGUGCUCAUACGAAAAUGUCUUUCCUACAUCUUCGAUCAAACAUCAAUCUGAUGGAUCAGAUUAUGAAAAUGCCGAUUUCCUGGUGCACAAUGAGAUAACUGAGGAUGAACUAGAUGAACCAGAUUAUGUCAACCAAGGAGAGACCUGACCUUGCACUUCACUAAAUGUAAAUUAUUUCUACACUGUGAAACAUUUGACCUUUCAAAGUGGAGGCAACACCAGUGGUGGUUCUAGUCAAAACUUUUAUGUCAAAGUACUGACACACAUCUCACCAACAGAAGAGAACCAUGUUACUUUCAACUCCUCUGACUCUCUUUAAUAAAAUGUAUAUUAUUAUUGUUUCAUUUUAAGUCAGUUGUUAUUGUGUCAUUUUAACAUGUUUAACUGUAACCAUAUGUUUUAAUUAAAGAAUUGUUCGCA